AUGUGCCCAGACGGCAAAACCGUCUACUACACAGACUUCCAGAAACCUGACAAAAACCUAGCAGGCCCUUCUAGCUACUACAAAGCUAGCGGGAGUGAGUCAGACGUCGCGUCUGAGGAUGCACAGCUAAGCAACAAUAUCCCUCGCCCUACCUUUGGGAGCGAGGUCGACAGUAGUUUCGCACCCGAGUCGGGCAGUGACGCAACUUCCAUCUCCAGGCGAGGUUCCACAAGCAGCUCAGAAGGCAGCGACAUUGCGCCCCCCCCAAAGCCUUGGGAAGAACCCCGGGACGAAGGCUUCAGGACUGUCGACAAGCCGAAGCGCUUCUUCUCGGUGGGGCGCAUUUUCAAGACGGCGUGGUUCGAACCGGGCAACGAGGACACGCCGGCGCGGCAGCCCGAUGUGGAGUGGACCGAGAGGUGCGAUCCGUACUUUGGGGAGCGACCGUACGCCAAGUUCCGGUGGUUCGUGGUCGUGCGCAAGCGGCUGCACCACUCGCUGUGCCUAAACAUCACGUCCUUCGGCGGCCAGGGGAAGCAGAAGAUGAGCAAGGGCCGGCCCAUGGACUACGUCGUGCUGCACUCGGCCGAGAUCCCCCCGCCAGAGCCCUACGAAGAGGAGGGCAUCUCGCGCGACCCCAUCGCCAUCAUUAUCGAAGACGAGGAGCAGUACAUCUCGCCCCUCGCCCGCCUCGACUGCGGCCGUAUCUACACGGUCGAGGACAACCUACAGGUCAUGAAGAUUGGCCGCGUCCACCCAGACUGCCUGCCUCGCCUCGAAGAGUACUUUCGGGAGAGCGUGCUUUAGGAAACGUGAUUCCCCGAGAUUCCAGAUAGACUCUAGCAGUGUCAGUUUUACUCAUCAUCAUAAGAAUGGCCCGAGAUUAUUACUGAUAUUCUAGAGACGGGAAUAAAAAAGCCCUGUCUGCUUACAUAUCGGGUUUCCUCGUCAAACUCGUGUUAGCCCCCAGUGGAGAGUGGGUAGAGAUUUUUGACAGUCCAGAACAGACUUUAUCUUCAUUAAUUACAAUGAGAGAUAUAUUUCUGUUUCCCCUCUGAGCAUGUUUUGGAUACGGAUGCAUGCUCUAGUUCAGUUUAGUUCAGUUUACGGUAAAAUCCCUCUUUCCCCUCCCCUCCUCACCCCGUUCUUUCUUUCUGUGUCCGUAUGUCUGUCUGUACCUAUAUAUGUGUGUGUUUAUGUGACGAGUUAUCAUUCCCUAUCCUUACCUGCUUGAAUAGGUACCUGAGGUAUCCUUUG